AGGUCACGGAGACGAAUCUUAGGUAGCCAAUUUUUUUUAUCUAAUUUAAAUUUUAUUUAGAGAGAGAGAGAGAGAAAAAAAAGAGGACGACGAAGCGGGUGGAGCAAAGUCAAUCUCACCUGUCGAUUACACACCCAAAAAUUUCCCACCAUCUUCGCCUUCUCCCUCCGCGUAAUCUUCAUCUCCAAUUCGAUUUCACCCGCUUCCGGCGAUUGAUUCACAUCCCGAUCCGCCGUUAUUUCUCAUUUAAUGGAGGCGGCUGCUGGCGGCGGAGGCACCGGCGGCGCUGGUCCAGCGCCGUUUCUCCUCAAAACUUACGAUAUGGUUGACGACUCGUCCACCGAUGAGAUCGUCUCGUGGACCUCUUCUAAGAAGAGCUUUGUGGUUUGGAAUCCUCCUGAAUUCGCCCGCCUUCUUCUUCCUACGUUUUUCAAGCACAGCAACUUCUCCAGCUUCAUUCGGCAGCUUAAUACCUAUGGAUUUCGGAAGAUCGAUUCUGAGAAGUGGGAAUUUGCAAAUGAAGAUUUUAUAAAGGAUCAAAAGCACCUGCUGAAAAACAUCCACCGCCGAAAACCAAUUCACAGUCACAGUAAUCCUCAAGGAUCUCACAUCGAUCCAGAAAGAGCUGCUUUUGAAGAUGAAAUAGAGAGGCUAUCACGUGAAAAAAAUACACUUGAAGUCAAUAUAUCACGAUUCAAACAGCAAAAAUCAACUGCUAAACUUCAGUUGCAAGAUCUAACGGUGAAGGUGGAAAGCAUGGAAAAAAGGCAGAAGAAUUUAUUGGCAUUUUUAGAAAAGGCUGUUCAGAACCCUUCUUUUGUUGAACAUCUUGCUCGAAGGGUCGAGUCUAUGGACUUUACAGCAUUUAAGAAGAAGAGACGACUGCCUUCAGCUGAUCUUUCACAGCCAGUCAUAGAAAAUAGUUUUUUGGAUAACCAUAGUAGUUCCAGAUCUGAGUCUGGGAAUAUUUUUCAUCAGGAUUUUUCACAAAAGCUAAGAUUAGAAACUUCAUGUGCAUCAGAUAUCAACUUAAUUUCACGUAGCACCCAGAGUUCAAACGAAGAAGGGGGAAGUUCACAAAGACAGUUGUCAAAGUUUGAUACUAGAGCUGUCCAAGAAAAUCUUCAUUUUGCAGCUGAAACACUAGAUCUCUCAGACACUGGGACAUCGUUUAUAUUGAGGAGGGAUUCAUCUUUGUCUGGGAAAUCACACAAUGACGAUAAUCCACGUUUACACUCAUUACAACCAAGUGUUAGUUCUAAAGAAGAUGGAGAAAGUCACAUCUCAUGUCAAUUGAAUCUCACUCUUGCAUCGUCUUCCCUGCGAAUCAAUGACACCGCGUGUUCAGUUCGAAUGCCACAACUGGGUCAGAAUGUUCGAAAAUUCCCAGAUUCAAAAGCAAAUUCAAAUGGAAAAGAAUCAGAUGUUAGACUGUUCACUAAAAACAUAAAUCUCGACGAGGGGAGUACUCCAGUUUGUCCUCAAGAGACCUCCAAUAACAAUCACGGCCCACCAGCUGCUUCUAUCAGGGCUAAUGAUGUUUUCUGGGAACGGUUACUUACUGAAAGACCGGGUUGUCCUGAAAGUGAAGAGGCAAGUUCCAAUUACAGGGCAAAUCCGUACAAGGAGCCAGAUGAUGGGACCGUUCACUAAAAAUGUAAAUCUCAAUGAGGGCACUACUCCGGUUUGUCCUCAACAGACCUCAAAUAACAAUCACGGACCUCCAGCUGCUUCGAUCAGAGCCAAUGAUGUUUUCUGGGAACAGUUCCUUACCGAAAGACUGGGUUGUUCCAAAAGUGAAGAUGCAAGUUCUAAUUACAGGGAAAGUUCAUACAAGGAGCCAGAUGAUGGGAGAUCGGGCCUAUCUCUUUGACCAUAAAGGUAAUUUCAAACCGUUUCUAACAGUUUACAUCUGUUUCUAUGAUACAAUAAGUGAAUUCUGACUAGGAUUUGCAGUUACUUCCUACAAUUGCUCUGAUUUUUCGGAGUUACUUGUGUGCUGUUGCUACAAAUUCCUCUUGGUGCGUUGUAACCGUGUAAUUCAUAAUUAGAUAGGUAAAUCUACAACUUACUAAAUACCUUAGCAUAGAUAUGUCUUCACCACAACUUACCUUGAGUACUUCGGCUGUAUAUUGAUGGAAAUUUUGCUAAUAAACACACACAUUUAUAUCUGCUGGGUUGCUUGGCCAUUUUGGCCUUGUGAGUCCAUUGUCUAUUGAAUAAAUUGUCUUGGAGCCUUUGAAUUCA